AUGGCACAAGCAUCUGAGGCUGGGAGUCAGAUAGAGAAGAAAGAAUGGAUCCUGAAUGGCUUUACUAUGAGCACUCCGGGCCAUCUAGCACCAGGACUUUGGCGCCACCCAAGAAAUCGCUCUGCCCAGUACACCGAUAUCGAGUACUGGACUGACAUGGCAAAAGUGCUAGAGAAAGGCAAAAUCCAUGCACUCUUUAUCGCCGAUGUGUUGGGAGCCUACGACGUGUAUAAAGGCCCAGACAACUUAGACCCUGGUCUUGCAGGAGUCGCCCAAUUUCCAAUUACGGAUCCCUUUCUCCCUAUAGCAGCGAUGGCCGCAGUUACGAAGGGCCUCUCGUUCGGAAUCACCGCCUCGACUACCUACGAGAAUCCUUUCCUCCUCGCCAGAAGAUUUGCGACACUCGAUCAUUUGACUAAAGGGCGUGUGGCUUGGAAUGCCGUCACAAGCCACCUUGAAUCCGCUGCGAGAAAUAUUGGCUUGGAAACCCAGAUCAAACAUGACGACCGUUACAAAAUCGCGGAUGAAUUCCUGACUUUGACGUACAAGCUAUGGGAAGGAUCAUGGCGCGAUGAUGCUGUAGCAAAGGAUGUUGAGAAGGGAGAAUACACAAUCGCCGGUCGCGUACGUCGCAUUAAUCAUGAAGGGGAGUUUUUUCGGUCGGCGGGUCCGUUGACAGUUGAACCCUCCAUUCAACGAACACCUUUCAUAUUCCAAGCCGGCACCAGUUCUGCUGGAAAGUCCUUCGCGACAAAGCAUGCUGAAUGUAUGUUUAUGGCCGGGAUGGAUCCGCAAGGGGCAAAGAAAUCAGUGGAUGAUAUUCGGGCACGUCUCGUUCAGGAUGGCAGAGACCCGAACAGUAUCAAAUUAAUUGUGGGAAUGCUUGCCAUUGUGGACGAGACGGACGAAAAGGCCCAGGCUAAGUAUGAAGAUUAUUUGAAAUAUGUGGAUCUUGAAGGCGCUGCGACGCUUUUCGGGGGCUGGACAGGAACAGAUCUUUCCACUUUCAGUGAUGAGGAAGACUUUCGAUUCACGGGCCCCGGUGCUAUUCAAAGCUUGGUCAACUCCUGGACGGAGACGAUCCCAGGUACUGAUGGGUUGAAGUGGACAAAGAAACGUGUUGCGCAAGAGAUCGCUCUUGGAGGACCGUCGCCUCGGGCAAUCGGUUCUCCCAAGACUGUGGCAGACAUUCUAGAGCGUUGGAUUCAGGAGAGUGGAAUUGAUGGCUUCAAUCUUGCCUAUGUGAUUAACCCUGGGGAUUUCGAAGACAUUGUUAAGUAUCUGCUACCGGAGCUUCGUUCGAGAGGAGUAUUCUGGGAUGAGUAUGCCGCGAAGACCACUCGCGAGAAUUUCUUCAACGAUGGCCUUGGCCCUCGUUUGAGAGAUGAUCACCCUGGUUCACAAUAUAAGUGGACCUCUGAUGAUAUAAACGGCUCCAGCUGA